AUGUCCGACCUCGACCGCACCACCCCCUCCACAGCCGCCUACGUGGUCGCGACCGCCAUCCUCACUGGUAUAACCGGCUACUUCAUCGGCCAAGGCAGCAGCCUCGGUCUCUUCAGCAACAAAGAAAAAGAAGGCUGGCCGAACAGCUACAACGUGAAACCGCACCUAGACUCGUCGGACGAAGACUACGAAUCUGAAGAAGAAGAGGGCAGUGAAGAAGAAGGAGACGGCACGGAGCUCGCCAACUUCGACAGCUCCAAUGAAGAAGUGAAAUUGGUGCUUGUCGUGAGGACGGAUUUGGGUAUGACGAAGGGCAAAAUUGCCGCCCAAUGCUCGCACGCUACCCUCGCAUGCUACAAGUACCUGACAGCGUACACGCCGAACAGCGGCAUCCUGCGCCGGUGGGAAUCGCAAGGUCAGGCGAAGAUCGCGCUGCAGGUCAAGUCGGAGGAGGAGAUGGAGGAGAUGCAGGCUAAGGCGAUUAGUCUGGGGCUUUGCGCCAGGGUGAUUACGGAUGCUGGACGGACGCAGAUUGCGAGUGGGAGCCGCACGGUGUUGGGGGUUUUGGGUCCCAAGAGUGUGGUGGAUUCGGUGACGGGGCAUUUGAAGUUGUUGUAA